GACCCUUAGUGAAUAGCAAGAUAUACAUUGAGCACCUCACCUCUCUGAUGCCAUGGUAAAAUUUGUCCUGUACGCUACCAUUUAAGACCUCCCUCUGUGUAGUUGUUACGAUUAUGAUUGAUUUCCCUCAUCCGAUUCUCUGUGUUGCUUCAGAUGUGGUCAAAGAGCUUGAAGGUGGAGACACCGUGUUAGGGCUUUGGACCCUCUUCACAAAGUGUAAGGCAUCACUGACUGAUGGCCAACGUCUGGAGAAUAUCUCCUGGCGAUUGUGGUAUCGCGAGAUGGCCUGUCACAGCACUUCUCCGCAUUCAUCAGGGUCAGUGUCUCCAGCAGACUCUGAAUUUUGCAGCUCGUCGCCUAUUACACCCGUGUCUGAGGACGGCCCCACGAUGUCGUGUCAAGGUGCUGCUUCAAGCGAGUUGUUACUAAUGGUUGAUGAUAUCUCAACUGCUCACUCAUGGCAUGGCAAAAAUCUUUCGCCUUCAGCGAUGAACGUUACCCGACGACUGAGCAUGGUCAGUAUGCCAGCUCAUCCAAAUACGAAGCCUGGCAUGCCGCCCCAUGCAGGGAAGUUGAUUGUUGGCAUACUUCUGGACAAGCUCAUUAUCCCUCAUUGCAUGCCUCCAUCAUCCCAGCCUAAGUCGGAAUCAGGCACGAACAUUCCUAAUCCCACGGUCGUAAAUAUGCCUCAAGGUCCCAUUGCUCAACCUCGACCUGUCUUACCAGCCGUGCAAUUACUGGCUGCAACUCUGCCUUCAGCAUCCGGAAGUGCUGGUCUAUUUCCUUGCAUUGUCAUAGUACAUCCCACACCCCAUCCGACGCCACCGGCUACCCCACAGCCCACACAGUCCAUCACGGCCAUCCCCGCUGUUCAUGCACCUACCCAUCUUCUUCCUCAACAUCCAGCAUUCACUGCUAAUCAGUCCUCGGAGCAAUCAUCUUCGAUACCUCUGGAGCCUAAGUCAAAUGCCGCUCCAACAACUUCUGACCGCCCAAAGCUGAAAGAAGAUGUUUUUGCUACCAUAAAGCCAUCUGAUCGACAGUUCUACCUCCAGCACUCUGAGUCGCCAGACAGACAAUCCACGGGAUCUCAUAUUCCCGAGGGCAAUGAUGGUCACAAAGAUGCUGAUGUAAUGGAACCAUCUCCCAGCAGUGAAACAUCGAGCCACAUCAAGUCUGAUGGGGUCAUGGCUGCCCGCAUGAAACAUGCUUUAGGAAAGGCACAUGUGCAUAGGAGCAAAGAGGUUGUUCGGCAUAUCCCUGCUCGACCCAUCGCUUCACGACUCCAGGCACAGCGAGCUCAAGCUGCACAACGGCACACAAAUGAACAUGUGAGUUCCCUUGGUGGAGGUCAGAAAUCACAUGCCGCACAGCCCGAUCAAGAUGUUCCUAGACCUCAUCCACCAAGCCCACUCAAGAAUGGCAACACACAUAUGGUUGGUCGUGCAGGUGGAAGCAAUCCUAUCGUUCCUCCAGCACCGGCUCUGACCGCGGCAAAUCAUCGGGGACUUGUCAUGAACACAUCGUCCGUGUACGAAACGACGACCGAGGAUGAAGAUGAUUCAGAGUGGGCUUCAGAUAAUGAUAGUCCGGAUAAACAGGAAAUAGUACAAAAGCGUGAGGAGAGCCAGUUGCGAGAAGCAGCCGAGGAGGCCCAACGACAAUGCGACAUGUUUGCCAAGGUCCCCAAAUGGUCGUAUUUCAACCUGAACAGGGCUCAUUCCAGUCUUCUUUCUCAGCUCCUCAAUCCCGAUCCUAACCUUUUCCCACCCAAUCAUCCUUAUCGCACCAGUUACUCAUCGCAGGAUGUAACCCAACUCGGAAAGUCGGGUCGACCUUUGGCACCCACUAUCUUCACCAGCAAGAGCACCGCUGCAGUUCCUCUUGCCAACGUGGUCAAUGCUCAAGCUCCACCUAUGAGCAGCGGUGGUCCUCAUGACACAAGAGGCUACAGGCCCAAGGGUUGUCCCGAAGAAGCGGAGUUAGAAGAUGAUAGUGAUAGCGAUGAAGAGAAUCCGGAAAAUGCUAUACAGGUGUUGCGAAGUCUGGCGCAGCAGAAGUUAGCUGCAUUGGCUGAUCCUAAUCGUCGACGAAAUUCCAACCGUGGUCCCCCUCCUCCAGAGCCACCCGUCUGGCCAAACCUCACCACUGUACAUACAGCGCCCAUACCUCUAGGUCAUCCUUACAACCUUUCUGCUCCUGCUCCUUCCAUGACCCCCCAGACCACCCGACGACAAAUGCUUUCGACUGAAUUAUCCGAGAGUUUGCGAUGCAACUUACUCUGGGAGUGUCAGGUCAGCAAGAUAAAUAUGACCGGUGGUGCUCGCAGAGUCGGAUUGCUCGGCAGUGGGUUGCAUCCACUUACUGCAGUCAAUAAUGCUCAGCCCACUGCGGGUGGGUCGGGAAAUCCCAACAACAGGUCUUCGAGCAGAAACAAGGGAGGAGAACAUAGGUGGGUGGCUGCCAUAGCACGUAACCACAGUUGGGGCGACGACUACCACUAUGCCGGGUGGUGAUAAUAGUGGUCUUCAAAUGGUGCUGACGUCCAUACUCUUACUCCAGUCCAACAAACAAAUUAUGUCGCUAUCG